AAAAUGAAUGUAUAGAGUACAUAGAAUUCAAUCGGAAUUUGUAUAUCUGAAAUCCUGCAUCUGCACACUACAUCACCACAAUAAAAAGAUUACGGCGGACCAAAAUAACAUAAAAUAAAGGCUAAGUAAAACUUAACUGGCAGUUUCGACAUUGACAAAUCAAUCAUUCCUUCAAGUCAAGUUAAUCAGCAGAUGCGCUGAAGUUCAUGUAAAAUAAGGGUAUGGCGGCUUCACAGCCGAGCUCUAGCGUCUUAAAUGGUGAAGUAUCACUGGGUUUAAAGGUUGUGAUUUGUUACAGGUUACCAUAGUUUCGCAUUACCAUUUUGUUGUACUCCAUUUUCGUUUAGGUAAUGUAAUACAUUUAUCAGAGAAAUUCUGUGACAGGAUGGACACCUCUGUUUGGUCAUACCUGUUAUCCUGCCUGUUGCUAUUCAUAGCUGAGGCAAAACAUCUUCAGCAACAAACGGGACCGAUUACAUGCAUGGUUUCCAGGGCCACUAGCAUGGACCUCUCUUACAAACACCUUAGUAAAGUUCCAAGUAAGUUGCCAAGAACCAUUCAGGAGCUGGACUUGUCUCACAACAACAUUUCCAGUUUACAUGAGAAGGACCUGGAGGGUCUGCCAGACCUCUGUAUUCUGAAGAUCACACACAAUGGCCUGUUACACAUCUCCCCAUCUGCUUUCCUAGGAAAUAUUAAACUGCAACUCCUUAACAUUUCCUUCAAUGCUCUGAGAACCAUUCCAGAGCUGAGUCUGCCUGAUCUUCGAGUUCUUGACGUAUCAGAAAACCUGUAUGGAUCUUAUUACUUAGGAAAAUCCUACACGAGUCUUUUAAACCUUGUAUUUCUUGCACUUGGAAGUCCUCAAGCAAGAUCGAUAAAUUUGACUGACUUUGCUUCACUCCACGCAAUCCCUCUCCAGAGUCUGAAACUCAGCAGUGGAACUGAGAUGAAAUUGUACGAACAUGGAUCCAUUGCUCAGCUAACAACGCUACAAGAGUUGGCACUUCACAUGACAUUCUGUGAAAACCCAGAGAUAUUUGAAAAUAUCCUGCAAGAUCUGAACAAAACUAAUGCGGAGAGUUUGACUCUGAUAAAGUUCGUUCCUGAUAUUUGUAAUGUCUCCAAUGGCAUCUUUGCAGGUUUUAGAGGUUUGGGGCAUCUUAAAAGCCUUUUCUUUUAUAACACCUGGUUCAACAGUACAGUUAUGACCAGUUUAGUGCUCAACAUUAUCCAGUCUCCAAUUAAAAUAUUAUCAUUUUAUAACAUAACCUUUGCCCAAGAUACACCGGAAGGUAUCCAGAUUCCUAAUAUUCCAGGAUAUAAUAAACCAGGAAAUAUCAGAAUCAUAGUAUUUCAGACUAUACACCAUUAUCAAUAUAAUUUCCCUUCGAUCAAUGUCAAUGUAACUCUUUUUCCCUACUUGAACUAUGUGAAGUUCUCUGGCACUGGAAUGAGCAUACUUCCAUGCAAUCUUAUUUCAGCUCUUCCAUCACUCCAAGUCCUUGAUUUGUCAGACAAUCUCCUGAAGGAGCGAGGACUAUGGUGGCCAUCCUGUUCUCUUAGUAAUGUUUUUCCAGCUUUAAAAGAACUUUAUGUAAGAAACAACAAGUUUGCAGACCUCCAGUUCAUCUCCAAUCGCACUUAUGAGAUGAAGAAUUUGAACAAACUUGACUUGAGCACCAACUCACUCAGUCUGAUGGGAAUGAGCUUGUGGCCCCCUCAUCUUACUGAACUGUCUCUGAGUGAUAACACUCUGGGCAAUGCGGCCUUCGAUUACCUUUCCCCUUAUGUGGAAACCGUUAACCUGUCACACACAGGCAUUACAGCCCUGACACAAGCUGCCGUCUCCCAGCUGUCUAGUCUAAGACAUCUCUUCUUGAGCUCCAACAGCAUUAGUAGCCUGCCUUCUGACCUAUCACUGCCUGAUCUGGAGGAACUGCACAUUGACCAGAACAACAUCAACACCUUGACUCAAAAGACUGUUGAAGGACUGCCAAGACUGAAGAGACUGAGAGCUGGAAGAAACCCCUUUGGCUGCAAUUGUGAUAUAGCCUGGUUUGUGACCAGCUUUAAUAAAACUCUGUUAACUGACUGGCCUUCUGAUUACACCUGCUCCUCUCCACACGAUCUUGCUGGCAUGGCAUUAGAAAACUAUCAUCCUGGCUGGGUGACUUGCACCCCAUGGAUUCAAGCAGUUAUUUCUAUAGUAAUAAUUGUAAUCGUAACCUGGGUUUUGGGAUAUGCAUUCUACACUUUUGAUGGUGCCUGGUACCUCCAGAUGCUGUGGGUAUGGCUAAGGGUGAAACGCAGGGGCUACCAGGAAGUCAACAGGUUGAGAGCAGCUGACUUCAAGUACCACGCCUUCAUCUCCUAUAGUCAGAAAGACUCUGAGUGGGUGGACACCCAAUUGGUACCGAACCUGGAAGCAGCGAAUUUUAACCUCUGCAUCCAUGAACGUGACUUUGUUCCUGGUGACUGGAUCAUCGACAACAUCAUCAACUGCGUGGAAGAUAGCUACAAAACAUUGUUUGUGCUCUCCCAGAACUUUGUGCAGAGCGAAUGGUGCAAUUAUGAGUUGUUCUUCGCUCAGCAUCGGGCUCUGAGCAUCCAACAAGACUCCCUGGUCUUCAUCCUGCUGGAACCCAUACCUGCAGACUCCCUCCCUAAGAAGUUUCUGAAGCUGAGGACCCUUCUGAGACAGCAGACCUACAUGGAAUGGCACAAGGACGAGCGUAAGCAGCAAGUCUUCUGGACGAGCCUGAAGGCCAUGCUUCAGGUAGCUGAUAAACGCAUGGUUCUGGAACGUGUUGCUAAGGAGGUGACAGAUUUGUGUCACCUACUUAAUGAAAAUGAAUAAGACGUCAAGUUUUUGAUUCUUCUAUUUUGACAAAAUGCGAUGAUGAUUCUUAAUGAUUUUCUCCUUAUAUCAGCGUUAUAAUUCAAGCAAAUUUUGAACUUUGAAAUUUUUACUUGGUAUUUUAUCUAUAAAUGUUUUCCGAUACUGUUUUAUAAUGAUUCCAGCUUAAAUUGCAAAGUAGUGUUAUUUGUUUUAGUGACUAAUGCUAUAAAAUAGUUUUCAUUUUUAUGAAUUAAGAUGCAUCAGCUUCAUAAUGAAUGUCGAUCAGAAAUGCCUAACAUAAUUCAAAAUGUGUAUUUUCUAGUAAAAUCGGGAUAUGGUAAGUUUCAAAAAGACAUACAGUUUAUAAAUAGAUAAAAUUACUUGGAGCCUGUGUGCAGGAUGCAUUGAUGUCGUGCAGAUGCUUCCUACUAAAUGUGCUCCUGAUGGAAGCACAAUAAAUACACUUUUUCAUAUCA